AAUCAACAUGUGGACGUAAUGUAAAUAAUGUAAAGUCAUAACACUCUCCCAAAGCACGCCAAACAGAGAUGGUUGUAACUUCUAGGCAGGAGCUAUGCCUGUCCCAGACCAGCCUCCGUCAGCCUCCGAGAAGACCAGCUCUCUGAGCCCCGGCUUAAACACCUCCAACGGGGAUGGCUCUGAAACGGAAACCACCUCUGCCAUCCUUGCCUCAGUCAAAGAACAGGAAUUACAGUUUGAAAGGCUGACCCGAGAGCUGGAGGCUGAACGCCAAAUCGUCGCCAGCCAACUGGAGCGAUGCAAGCUUGGAUCGGAGGCAGGCAGCAUGAACAGCAUCAGUUCAGCAGAGGAGCAGUUUCAUUGGCAGUCACAAGAUGGUCAAAAAGAUAUUGAAGAUGAACUUACCACAGGUCUGGAGCUGGUGGACUCCUGCAUUCGAUCCCUACAGGAGUCAGGAAUACUUGAUCCACAGGAUUAUUCAACAGGUGAAAGGCCCAGCCUGCUCUCCCAGAGUGCACUUCAGCUCAAUUCCAAACCUGAAGGGUCUUUCCAGUAUCCGGCCAGCUACCAUAGCAACCAGACUUUGGCCCUGGGUGAUACAGCCCCUUCGCAGCUCCCAGCCCGCAGCGCUCAAGCCCGGGCUUCCAGCCAGAGCUUCAGCCAGGGCACGACGAGCCGCGCCGGGCACCUGGCGGGGACCG